AUGGAAGCAUUUCAGCUUCUUUCUCGUGGAGGUGCACGCUUUGACAAACAGAGAUUCAAGUCUGACGUCCAGAUAUUCAAUAAGGCACCAUCGAAAGACGUUAAAGGAAAAGGGGUGUUGAUAUCGCAUGAUGCACAGUUACCCCCAGAGCUGGACUUUUUCAAGUACGCCAAAGCCCCCGCCGGGAAGCGGAAGGCUGAGGAGAAAGAAAGCGACCCUCAUACUGAAAGCAAGCACGGAAAGGUGGAACGCAAGCGUCGGAAAAUAGAGGACGAAUCAUCGAAAUCAGAUAAUAACUAUAGCGGCGCAGAGGAAGAGGCGCCGACCAUGCAGAAACAUCGCGUGACUGCCAAAGGAUCAGAUGUACCCAAUUCAAUCGCGUCUUUCGAGGACCUGCGCGAACGAUACCAUGUUCCUCCACGUCUGUUAUCAAACCUUUCUGAAAACAGUUACAAACACCCUACUGGGAUUCAGGCUCACGGGAUUCCGAUUUUGCUCGAGCACCGUGACCUUGCUGCCAUCUCACCGACUGGUACAGGUAAAACUCUGGCAUACCUGAUGCCCAUCAUGUCUGCACUAGGUUCCCCGAUAUCCAGUAAGAAGAACGAUGGAGAUCAUGGAGUCCGAGCUGUGAUUCUUGCACCGACUCGAGAAUUGGCACAUCAGAUUCAUAACGAGUGCCUGAAACUCGCCGCCGGGCGUAAGUGGCGCGUGAUCCUGUUUAGCAAGGCUACGGCUAGUACCCUGAGCGACAAGAAUGUUAGAGACAAAGUAGAUAUCAUCAUCAGCACACCCCUUCGGCUAGUGGCCUCCAUCCAGGAAGGACACCUGGAAUUGAAUAACGUGCAACAUCUUGUACUGGAUGAAGCUGAUCGAAUGCUUGAUCCUGAAUUCUUGUCUCAAGUGCAAGAAGUCAUCGCGGCAUGCACUCACCCGAACAUACAAAAGGCGGUUUUUUCCGCUACUUUACCUGCUGGGGCUGAAAAGCUUGCGAUGGGUAUCCUCAGGAACCCUAUACGCAUCAUCGUUGGUCUCAAAGACACUCCGCUUCCCUUGAUCGCACAAACUCUGACAUAUGUGGCCGAUGAUGCCUCCAAGCUCCCAAGUUUGCUAACAUAUCUUUCUCAGCCAUACAACCCGCCUCUCCUUGUCUUCACAUCUACUCAGCCAAGGACAACGUCCCUUGCGGAGGAGUUGACAAUGAACGGCAUUUCAAACGUGGAUUGUCUCCAUGCCGGAAUGACAAAAAAAGAGCGCGAUGAUGCGGUGAGCAGGAUGCGCCGUGGCGAAAGCUGGGUCAUGGUGACCACAGAGGUCAUGGCUCGUGGCAUGGACUUUAAAGGUAUCCGGGAGGUGAUCAAUUACGAUUUCCCAACCAGUGUCCAGAGUUAUAUUCAUCGAAUAGGCCGUACGGGCCGUGCUGGGCGGGAGGGGAAAGCCGUGACUUAUUUCACAGAUGAAGAUGCGCCUUUCUUAAAAGCCAUCGCCAACGUGCUGUCACAGUCCGGCUCUUCGGUCCCAGAAUGGAUUCUCAAACUUCCGAAACCUUCGAAAAUGAAGCGAAAACAGAUGGGCAAGGUGAAGCGAGCAGAUGCCGUGAAUGCUGCCCGCAAAAUAGGCCGCAAUGAUGCGAUUAAAAAGAGGGACAUGAUCGCAGGCUCGAUGAGGCGAAAGGAGAAAGAGGUUCGUGAAGCCGAUAGAAACAAGAGUGUUGGGGAAGGUGAUAUAUCAAACAAUUGA